AUGAAGUCCUUUGCUGCUGCUGUUCUAUUCAUCGCUGGCAUCCUCGCUGCCCCUUCGCCCAAUGCGAAGGCAAUCAGAAGCCCACUUUGUCCCGGCGGUCUCGAAUCUAACCCCCAGUGUUGUUCCACUGAUGUUCUUGGUAUCGCUGACUUGGAUUGUGCAAAUCCCUCCAGCCCUGUCACUGAUGUACAGUCUUUCCGGGCUGUUUGCGCUGCUGGAGGCCAACGGGCUCGUUGCUGUGCUAUCCCAGUUGCUGGCCAAGCGCUGCUUUGUGAGAGCCCUGUCGGCAUUUAA